UAAUUGGGUAUGGCUGGAAACUCCCCUGAACUGCAAAGUUUAAACAGCCCUGGGGAACCUGCCUGUGCUGUGUGGAGACUGAGUUAAGGUCAGAAGUAUUUUUUUCAGGGAACCAGGAGCUCAGAAGCAUGUCGGGGAAGCCCAGGCUCACCUACCUGAAUGGAAGGGGGCGAAUGGAGCCCGUACGAUGGCUGUUGGCAGCAGCCGGCGUGGAGUUUGAAGAGGUUUUUUUGCAAACAAAAGAACAAUAUGAGAAGUUAAUCAAAGAUGGACUCCUGCUGUUCCAGCAAGUGCCUCUGGUUGAGAUCGAUGGGAUGAAGAUGGUGCAGACCAGAGCCAUCCUCAGCUACAUAGCAGGGAAAUACAAUCUCUAUGGGAAAGACUUGAAGGAGAGAGCCCUGAUUGACAUGUAUGUGGAAGGAAUAUCAGAUCUGAUGCAAAUGAUUUUGAUGUUUCCUUUCUCUCCACCUGACGCAAAGGAGAAAAAUCUUGACUCAAUUAAGGAGAGGGCAACUAACAGAUACUUUCCAGUCUUUGAAAAGGUUUUGAAACAACAUGGCCAGGACUUUCUCGUGGGCAACAAAUUCAGCUGGGCAGAUGUUCAGCUGAUUGAAGCAAUUUUAGCAGUGGAGGAGAAAAUUCCUGCCGUGUUAUCAGGAUUUCCUCAGUUGCAGGCAUUUAAAACCAAAAUGAGCAAUAUGCCUACAAUUAAGAAGUUCCUGCAGCCUGGCAGCCCAAGAAAACCCCCACCAGAUGACCAUUAUGUAGAAACUGUGUUGAAGGUUUUUAAGAGAUGAAAGCCUUGCCACCUUUGGUGAGACCCAGAAUACUGGAGGAAAAAAAAAAAAAAGGCAAAACAUCAACCCCAGCUCAGUAAAUUAGUAUUGUGGUAGUAAAAAGCAGUGCUAAAAACCCAAAAACACGCCAACCAGAAAUAAAGCGUCUGUUACUCUGGCAA